ACACCCAAAUCAGUAUUUAUAUGAAAUGAGGCAUAGCCCUUUCUCCCAUGCAUUUGUGUUUGUAAAUUUCUCCACUCCCCAAAAACACCACUAUUUGUGUUCUUGUGCGCGCUCUCUCUCUCUCCCCCCUUAAAAAGACAAAUCUCAUCACUUCCUCCCAUAACUAGCUAGUCUUUCAUACUACAAAUCUUUGUUUCUCUUCUUCUUCUUCUUCCAUUUCUGUGCCUCUCAUCUUUUUUGUACAAUUUAUAAUAUGUCUAGCAGGAGGUCAAGAUCAAGGCAAUCCGUAGGAGUUAGUUCAAGAAAUAUCAGUGAUGAUCAGAUUAAUGAACUUGUUUCCAAGUUGCAACAACUUCUUCCUGAGACUCGCAACAGCGGCAGGCGCUCCGACAAGGGUUCAGCUGCAAAGGUGUUGCAGGAGACCUGCAACUACAUAAGAAGCUUGCACAGAGAAGUCGAUGGUCUAAGCGAACGCUUGUCUGAACUUCUGGAAACAACUGACACUGCCCAAGCAGCUCUUAUUAGGAAUCUCCUUACGCAAUAGAUGCCUUUCAUAUAUCUCUUCCUCUUUUGUAGUACUGCUGCAAGACUUGUCUUAAAAUUAAUUUCUAGGGUUUUGUCCACUGGAGAUCCUAAAGGAACUAUGUACGUAGCAGCUAUAUACUUCAUGAUAUAGUACUACUUGCUAGAUGUUCCGUAUCCGUCAAAGCUGUACUCAACUACCUUUAUGUA